AUGCAAAAGUGUAAAUUCCCCAAACUAUGUACUAGAUAUAAUUUCACUUCAAUAUAUCGUUAUUUGUAUACCAUCCAUCUCCCACCCCUUUGCCUCAAGAACUACUACUGGCCUGCACCCAACGCACAAUUCGGCAUCUGCAUUGCAUUGCAACAGAAAUAUGUAGAUAGAUAG